CGCUGGCCGAUUCCAGUCGGUGAGCCGGCGUGUACGAAAGCUCCCCAGCAUCAUCCACGUAGUCAUCAUCCACAUAUAGAAGAAGAAGAGUCUUAUCAGUUACUCUCUGACCGAACAACGUUAAACACCUUUCACAAUCUCGGUAGUUCAACAUAGAAUUAUAUAAAAUAACAACAACAGCAGUAACAUAACAAAAACAACAACAAAAACAACAUUAUGUGACAAACCAUGGACCAACGAUCUAUCGAUCUUCCUUAACGAUCCAUACUUGGAUCUCUCUUUGAAGAAAAACAAACAACUAUUAAAAGUCAGUGUAUCAUUCACUCGUGUUCGAUUGAUUCUCUAAAAGUGAAGUGCUUGAUUCUAUGUGAAGAUUUUCCUAUCACUCCACAAAUCGGAUCAUCAAAACGGAUUCUACUGUUUACAAUAACAACAGCAACAAUAAAAAGGGCUUAAAAUCUUAGGUACGGUGGUUAUGUACGAGUAUCAGAAUCCUGCGUAAGAACGCCGCUUUCCUCAAGAGUAAGGAGGGGGUGAAAAAGUGGGGGAUUCGAGACGAAAUAGGAUCCUUUCAGAAUUAUCUCUCUCAAAAGAGGAUUAUUAUUAUUAUUUAAUUAUUCGCGUCAUUAAUCGUCCAUUUGUUGUACGAAAAAUGACGGAAACAUCGAAGGAAACUGAAGUGCCUGACUCGGAGAAUCCUGAAAAUGCGAGCACGUCGUUGAAUUUAGCUUGUGCUCCUGGUAACAAUGAAAAACCACUUCCGGAACGUGGAACUUGGAGUACCAAAUUGGAUUUCAUUCUUAGCGUGGUUGGACUGGCCAUUGGACUCGGCAACGUAUGGCGUUUUCCUUACCUCUGUUAUAAAAAUGGGGGAGGUGCCUUUUUGAUCCCAUAUUUCUUAACAUUGGUCCUAGCUGGUAUACCAAUGUUUUUCAUGGAAUUAGCCCUUGGUCAAAUGUUAACGGUCGGUGGUUUGGGUGUCUUUAAAAUUGCUCCACUCUUUAAAGGGAUUGGUUAUGCCGCUGCCGUUAUGUCCUGUUGGAUGAACGUUUAUUACAUUGUCAUUCUUGCAUGGGCGAUAUUUUAUUUCUUUAUGUCCAUGCACAGUGAAUUACCUUGGGGUAGUUGUAACAAUUAUUGGAAUACGAAAUAUUGUGUUAAUCCUUACGACAGAAGCUCGUUAAUUUGUUGGAAUCAAGUGUAUAGGAAUCACAGUAGUAUUAAAAUGUGUACCGUCAAUCAAUUGAACGUCACCGUCAACGAACUCACAGAUCCUGUCAAAGAAUUUUGGGAACGUCGUGCAUUGCAAAUCAGUGAAGGAGUUGAGUACGUAGGUACCAUACGUUGGGAAUUAGCUGGUACUCUACUAUUGGUAUGGAUUUUAUGUUACUUUUGCAUCUGGAAAGGUGUUAAAUGGACUGGCAAGGUAGUUUACUUCACUUCGUUAUUCCCUUACGUUCUACUUACGAUUUUAUUAAUUCGCGGGAUUACUUUGCCCGGUGCAAUGGAGGGUAUCAAAUUUUACAUCAGUCCGAAUCUAUCGAAAUUAAGAGAAUCCGAGGUAUGGAUAGACGCGGUCACGCAAAUAUUCUUUUCCUAUGGACUCGGGCUUGGUACAUUGGUUGCUCUUGGUAGCUACAACAAAUUUACCAACAACGUUUACAAGGAUGCCCUGAUCGUUUGUUCUGUAAAUUCAUCUACCAGCAUGUUUGCUGGGUUCGUUAUUUUCUCGGUAGUCGGUUUCAUGGCACACGAACAACAAAAACCUGUUGCCGAGGUUGCCGCUUCGGGACCAGGAUUAGCUUUUCUAGCUUAUCCUUCGGCAGUUCUUCAAUUACCUGGUGCACCACUUUGGUCGUGUCUUUUCUUCUUCAUGUUAUUACUUAUUGGUCUGGAUUCGCAGUUUUGUACCAUGGAAGGAUUCAUCACUGCAAUGGUGGACGAAUGGCCACAAUUGUUACGUCGACGUAAAGAAGUGUUCAUCGCAAUAGUUUGCGCGUUGUCUUACCUCAUCGGACUUUCGUGUAUUUCCCAAGGUGGGAUGUACGUUUUUCAAAUUCUCGACUCUUACGCAGUAUCCGGAUUCUGUUUACUCUUCCUAAUCUUCUUCGAAUGCAUCUCGAUAAGUUGGGCAUUCGGAGUUAAUAGAUUUUACGACGCUUUACGAGAUAUGAUCGGUUAUUAUCCUUUAAUGUGGUGGAAAUUUUGUUGGACCUUUACAACUCCGAUGAUAUGUGUCGGAGUCUUUGUUUUCAAUUUGGUGCAAUGGACACCGGUUAAGUACUUGGAUUAUGAGUACCCCUGGUGGUCUCAUGUAUUGGGCUGGUUUACAGCAUUAUCGUCAAUGCUUUGCAUACCAGGAUACAUGUUAUAUGCAUGGAUGACAACACCUGGUGAUAACAGUACUAAAUAUAAAUUGUUAAUCCGAAUAGAAGACGACGUAGCAUCUUUGCGAACGAAAAUGGGCCAACCAUCGGUCGAAUUAACACCACUUUAAAAAAGUCUAGUCUCCGUAUCGUAUUUCUUUUUUUUUUUCUCCAUCCAAUUAUUACCUGGGAUCAACAGGAUUAGAUUAUAUUCUAUCGACUUUAAGAUACUAUGAGAGGAGAAAGAACGCAGCACUGCCGUUCUCGUAGCUUCCCAAGAAGAAAAUAACGCUUUGUUACGCGUUAACGACAUUUUCAAUCGGCUUUAAUUAAUAAUUAGCCGAUCUCAUAAAUAACACGUCGAUCAUCUCUCUUCUAUCGCGACAGAAAAACGUAAAUUAUAUCUAAUGAUAUUUAAAUAGCUUUAUUUGCUAUUAUUAUUAUUAUUAUUAUUAUUAUUAUUAUUAUUUUUGACACGGUGAAAACGGAGAAGAAUUUAACUAUGCUACUAUUUCUAUUUAUCGUUGGCGUUAAAACUCUUGUAAAAAGUCAUGUAAAGUGGUAAAGAAAAAAAAAGAAAAAAAGAAUAGGAGCGUGUGUUGUUAUAUCUUGUGUAAGUAUAUGCCAACAAAUAUAUGCAUACACGCAUCUUUAUAUGCAAUUUAUUACACAUGACACGUUGUUUUGUGUGUAAGUGUUGCAUUUAGUAUGUUCUUUAGAUUCGGUAGCUUUAGAAAAAUCACACAUACAAUCUACGCAUAGAGUUAUAUUAUAUUUAACGUAUUUAGAUAUGUAGGAUUACGUAGAUGUGUAUGUUAAAAAAAAAAUAUAAAAAAAAGAAUGAAAAAUAAUAAUAAUAAUAUAUGCCAAAAAUUAGAUUGAGUAGGAUGCUUAUAUGAGAUUAACGUAAAGAAUGACUAAAAAGAAAAUGUAAAAAAAAAAAAAAAAGAAAAAAGAAAUA